ACAAAGCAACAAAAUAGAAGUCCGUAAAAUAUCAAGCACGUCCUCAGCCUUUACAGCCCUAUCACUCUAUGGGCAAUGGGUUCUUCAGAGAAAUUUUUCUCUGUUUCUCUGUUUCUUGCCCACCUGCUUAUCAUCUCAGUAUCACAAGAAAAUCCCUUCUUGUCCUACAGUUGCUCAGAUGACAAAGGGAACUUCACCACUAACAGCACUUACGAAACAAACCUCAAUCAUCUCUUCUCCACCUUCACCGCAAACUCAGAAAACGAUUAUGGAUUCUAUAAUGUUUCUUUUGGCCGUAAUUCUAACAAAGUUUACUCAAUUGUGCUCUGUAGAGGAGAUCUUAAGCCUGAUGUUUGCCUCAACUGCAUCAACAAUGCCACCGCCGAUCUAAGAAACCUAUGUCCCAACCAGACGGAAGCAAUUGUAUGGUACGAGUAUUGCAUGUUGCGAUACUCAAAUCAUUCUCUCUGGGGUGAUACACACGGUCCUUCUUUCUUUAUGCCAGCUGGUAAUAAUAUUGUCACGGAUGUCAGUAUUUUCAAUUCUGCCCUGAGUUCUCUGUUGUAUAGCUUGACAGAUAGAGCUGCAUCCGGUGGUUCUCUACGCAAAUUUGCAACGGGAUCAGCAAUGACUCUGCCUUCCUACCCGAUUUAUGCACUUGUACAGUGCACACCUGAUAUGUCCAAGCAAGGGUGCACAUCUUGCUUGUAUGGGUCUUUUACACAAAUUCCGCAAUAUUGCAACGGAAAGCUAGGAUGCAGAGUAGGUGGAACAAGCUGUUAUUUCAGGUUUGAAACCUUUUCUUUCUAUAAUGCUACUGCUGUUGGAUCCUCACCGCCAGUGUCUCCUCCUCCUUCAAAUGGAAAAGAGAGCAAUUCAUUCCGGUAUACUAUCAUUGUAGUGGUUUCGACCACUGGUUCUUUGAUACUUAUCAUCCUCAUCUGCAUAUGCAUUUUUUUCAUGGUGAUGAAGUCCAAGAAGAAAGUUGAAACUGAUGAAAUAAAAACUGGGGAGGCACUGCAAUAUGACUUUAGCACCAUUAGAUCUGCAACAAGUAACUUUUCCGAAACAAACAAGCUUGGAGAAGGUGGAUUUGGUGCAGUUUAUAAGGGUAGGCUUGCCAACGGACAAGAAAUAGCUGUUAAGAGGCUAUCCAUGGAUUCUGGUCAAGGAGAUAUAGAAUUCAAGAAUGAAGUCCAGUUGCUGGCCAAGCUAGAACACAUAAAUUUAGUUAGGCUAAAUGGUUUUUGCUUGGAAGGAAAUGAAAGGCUUCUCGUUUAUGAGUUUGUCCCAAAUUUGAGCCUUGAUAACUUCUUAUUCGAUUCGAUGAAGUGCACUGAACUAGAUUGGGACAAGCGAUACAAAAUCAUAGAAGGUGUUGCUCAAGGACUUCUCUACCUUCACAAUCUCUGUGUUAUUCAUUGUGAUCUUAAGGCCAGCAAUAUUCUGCUAGAUGCAGAUUUAACUCCAAAAAUUUCAGACUUUGGCAUGGCAAGAUUGUUUGCGAUGGAUCAAACUCAUGCUUCUGCAAGUAGAAUUAUAGGAACAUAUGGAUAUAUGGCUCCUGAAUAUGCAAUAAAUGGACAAGUAUCAAUUAAGACAGAUGUUUUCAGUUUUGGAGUUCUAAUUUUAGAGAUUGUAAGCGGUCAAAAGAACAAUUCUUUCCAACAUGAGGAGAAUGAAUUAGACCUUGUUAGCUAUACUUGGAAAAAUUGGAGGGAAGGAACCGUGCCGAGCAUUGUAGAUCCCAAUUUGAGGGAGGGUUCUAGAGCUGAAAUUAUGAGAUGCAUCCAUAUUGCUUUACUUUGUGUACAAGAAAUUGUAGCACAAAGACCAACCAUGGCUUCAGUUGUUCUAAUGCUCUCAAGCAACUCCAUGAAUCUCCCAGCACCAUCACACCUUGCAUUCAUGGACAGCACCAGUCAAUCAAACACGUUCUAUUUGCAAUCGCAGGACGUUAACUUGGGAAUUAUAACUCCAUCAAUCCAAACAUGAAACUGCCUUGGCAGCUGAGAGCAGACAAUUUCAAAUACCAAGCUCGAUCAAAGAUUACGCGGAGACAAGUAUAACUGUUGUUUAUAAACUUAUGAUUCGGAAAGGUGUGCUUUUCUGCUGCAAAACAUAUUGAAUGUGGUUUGAACCUAGAAAUUGGCUCCGGUUCUCUCGUAGACUUGUACCUUCUCUGAUUCAUCAAUAAAAAGCAUACAUGCUC